AGACAUACCCUUCACUUUUUUCUUGUCUUGAGUCAUCAUUGCAAUGUCGAGUCCUGCUCACACACAACCACCUAGUUCCAACCAUACUGAAAUUGAAGAGCCUCCACACCACAUAGUAGACACGCUCGGCAUCGUCAUUUGUGGAGAAAGCGGAUCUGGCAAAAGUUCAUUGGUCAAUUUGAUCGCUGGGACGAACAUUGCGAAGACAUCCCCCGAUGCUGUGGGAUGUACGACUGGAACAAAUGUGUACGACUCGGACAAUUUGAUAAAUUCCCAGUACGAGACGUUGAAGGUAAAGCUUAUCGAUACAGCUGGUCUGGAUGAGGGCACUGAAGGGACUGUCUCAGACAAGGAAGCUCGAAACAUUUUGAAGAAGCUUCUUCGAACUCUGACGGAGCAAGGCAACGCUCAACUCAUCAUAUACCGUACACUCCGCCGGAACUACGAGUUAAUCCGCUCCCAAGUCAAGAGCAAAGUUCCAAUUGUCCUUGUCGUCACAUGUUUGGAAGUUUAUCGGCCAGAGAUGGAAGACUGGUGGAAGGUUAAUGAAAACACCAUCUCAGACCUCGGGAUGAUCUUCGCUGGCCACGCGUUUAUCACCACGGUGGAAACGACAGAACCUAUGUUUGUGGAGCGCCGCAGCCAGUCAUACGAUGCUGUCUGGAACCUCAUCGAGCAGUAUCGCCCAUCGAAUAACACGACCGUUCACACUGGAUUGUUGCAAGGCACUAUUCAUGGGGUCACAAUCGAGAAAAGCACGCUUGAGGCAAGCGCAGGCAUCGACUAG